UUCAUUAAAAAUUAGGUAAACAGCGAAAUUCAGCGCUUAAGGGGCACAAGGAUGCGGAUAAGGAUGUGCAUCUUGGGUGACCCUCGAAAGUUGCUCCCUUAACUCGACUGCGGGCCAGCGCAGUCUUCUAAAUCAACGAAUGACGUCCGAGCCUUUUCGCCGCAAGAGGAGCGGCGCAUUCACCGAAAAAACUAAGCAAAUUUGUCGAGUGCACUUGGAGUGCAAAAAACCAGGCGGCGGAGCUGGAGCGGCGUUUUGGAAAACUGUUUACCCAACGGCAGCUGCCUUUGGUGAGGAGGAGACCGCUUGACACUGCUCGCCACUUGGCUGCGCUGCGCGAAAUUAUGCAAAACAAUUUGACUUUGAAACAAAAGUUCAUUGCUCGUGGAAUGGAUGCUUGGCGGGAUGGUCGGAUGAAAAGGGCGGGCAAUAAAUAGGUAAGAAUCCUUGUGAGCCAAAAGCUGCGUAAUAAAUUGGCCAAGGAGCCAAGCGAAAUCCCCGUAGAACGGACUUCAAAGCGGGCCAGCGUUCUUCCGCUUGUUUUGCUGCCCCACCAGUGGUCAUCAUCGGUGGUCAUCGCCAUCGUCAUCUUCAUCUUCAUUGCCGUCAUCACGGCCUUAUCGUCAUCAUCACGGCCAUGGCCCAUCUUAACGUGGCCAUCUUGCCCACCAUCCUCAUGUUCAUCUUCACCAUCGCCAUCACUUGUUUGCCGAAGCGCUUUUCAAUUUUACGCCUCGCUUUUGGCUCCAUUCGGUUGCGCUUGAGUUCUUUGCAAGUCUUUCGCUUUGUGCAAAUACUUUUUGCAAUACUGUCCUUGGCAUAUUUUUUUAUUCGCCCACUUCCCCACGGCCCCGCCCCACUCUUCGCUUGUGCCACUGCCACUGAUUUCCGUUUCCGCUCUACGUUCGCCUAGUACAACUUUCAUUUCAUUUUCUUGUGCGCGUUGAUUUUGUGUGGCACAUUUUUCCGACCAACUGUCCCACCGGCCGAAAGACCCACUGACUGACAGCCACCCACGUGGCACCCACUUGCCACCCACGUACCACCUCUUCCUGUUUGCGACACAAAUGUGACAGUCAAAAAGUGCACGCAGUGCGCAGGCAAAGUGGAUGAAGUGGAAAACCCGCCGGCGGCGAAGUCAGCACCGUCACCACCAUCACUACCAUCAUCGCCGGGCUGGGAUAGGCGCAGCUCUCUCUUACUUUUCCAACUGACAACGACAACAAAAUGCAAAGAAAUUAAGCGCUGCACAAGUUGCAACAACGAGUAUACCGCCCGCCCGCCAGCAAUUUGUGCCGCACAAGCAGAACAAAAGCGUUGCGAGAACCUUUUGCCAAGUGUUAAUGGCUGGCCCACGAACACGCUGAAGGAUCCAGAAUGACGUGGCCUGCAUACCUGCAUAUUCACGUUGCCAGUUUUCCACUGCAACAGUAGACCAGAUGACGACUCCCUUUCGAAAAAUCGAUGGCCUCCAAAAGUGUCGCCACCCCUUGGAAAUUCGCGAAAAGUCUGCGGCUCACGAAAACUUUAGCGCUUCAUUUUUCAUUACGGCUAUAUUUUUGAGCCAGCGCUUCAAACUUGGCCAAGUGGCCGACUGAACUGGCUCUCUGGAUUCGCAAGGGAAAACCAAGAAAAUCGGUUGGCUAGGGCUUUAGCUAAUCGCUCAAAGUUUAAUGAAUUUUCCGAAGCAAACUACUACUGCUGAUAGAAUCAACAUUUUAAAGUCGGUGAACAAAUAUGGCUAAUUCCAUCACGUCAACCGCUCGACCAAAAAAAAAAAAAAAAAAAUCAGGCCCAAGGACAACAGAUAAACUUGGAGUCAGGUCAUUUCGGGACGAAAAACGAAAUCCAAAUAUUUAACAACGUCAAUUACGUGAGCGCACAUUAUAAAUCCCAAAUCUCACCUGUGCUGCUGCUGCUGCUGCUUUUGGGACACACAAAAUUCGCACACAACAACGCAGCGGUAAGUUAUUUGUUUAAUUUAUGCGUCAGAUAAAAUUUUAAUCUCUUCGGAGGCAAAGCGAGGAAACAGAAUAAAGUUGCCCGGAUGGGUCUGUGUG